GCCUUGCUGACUCUCCUCUUAUACGUUCUUCUCCUACUCUCUUUUGGAACUAAAAAUUCUUUUUUGUCCGUCUCCUCCAAGCCAUGGCUGUAAACGGUGUCGUUUCAGACAAGAGCGUAAUCGUGAGCUUCGGUGAGAUGCUCAUCGACUUUGUCCCUACUGUCUCCGGCGUUUCUUUAGCAGAGGCUCCUGGCUUCCUCAAAGCUCCCGGUGGAGCCCCAGCCAACGUGGCGAUUGCGGUCUCGAGACUCGGCGGGAAAGCAUCUUUUGUCGGAAAACUCGGUGACGACGAGUUCGGUCGCAUGCUCGCGGAUAUUCUCAAGCAAAACGGAGUCUCUUGCGACGGGAUCUUGUUUGACCAAGGCGCUAGGACUGCUCUUGCCUUCGUGACUCUACGCGCCGAUGGAGAGCGUGAGUUCAUGUUUUAUAGGAAUCCCAGUGCUGAUAUGCUGUUGAAGCCGGAGGAAUUGAAUCUUGAUCUUAUCAGAUCUGCCAAAGUGUUUCACUAUGGAUCGAUAAGUUUGAUCGUGGAGCCAUGCCGAUCAGCUCACUUAAAGGCAAUGGAAGUGGCCAAAGAGUCAGGUGCUUUGCUCUCAUAUGAUCCAAACCUUCGCCUGCCGCUUUGGCCUUCAGCUGAUGAGGCAAGGAAACAGAUACUUUCCAUCUGGGAUAAGGCUGAUAUUGUCAAGGUCAGUGAUGUUGAGCUAGAGUUCCUCACUGGUAGCGACAAAAUCGACGAUGAAUCCGCCAUGAAACUUUGGCGUCCCAACUUUACCCUUCUCUUGGUCACUCUUGGUGACAAGGGUAGCAGAUACUACACCAAGAAUUUCCAUGGGGCGGUCGAUGCUUUCCAUGUCAACACCGUGGAUACAACUGGCGCUGGGGACUCCUUUGUUGGUGCAUUGCUAUGCAAGAUUGUUAACGACCCAACCAUAGUUGAGAAUGAAUCAAAAUUGAGGGAAGUACUGAAAUUUGCUAAUGCAUGUGGGGCCAUCACGACAACCAAAAAGGGAGCAAUCCCUGCCCUUCCAACCGUAGCUGAUGCCCUUGCCUUAAUCAAUGGAGCUUAGGAAACUUCCAUAAUUGCUCAUCCUUUUCUUUCAUUUUAAUUUCUCAUAUUUCGAAGAGGGUUUUGAAAGGUCUCAAUUUUUUCUCCCCUCUUGGUUUUUCUUUCCCUUUUUCGAUCAUAUCCCACAUUUCCCUACUUGCUGCGUGUAAUGACGGAAGACUUUGUGCUUUUAAGGGAUUAGGAAUAAAUUUUUUUUUACGUGUUUGAUAA